AUGAAGCCUCUAUUUCGUUUAUACGAGCAACCAUGGGCAGGACUGUAUGUGCUCAGCGAACUCCUGCUCGCGAUUUCCCUUGGCUUCCCUACGUUGAUCUUGUCGUCACUUCCUCGCUCACAUCGUCCACGCUCGUCAUGGUCCAUCAAGCGAACUAUCAUGGUAGCGACCAUUCGUCAGCUUCUCAGAGUGUUUGCAAAAACCCGCCUUUUCCCAGGUCGUCAUGAAUUCGCGGUGUUACUCGAAGGUCCUGGUUUUAAGUCUCUCUGGGUUGAGCCCGCUCAUCACCUCGUCCGCGGCCAACUCAAGACAUGGACAUCUUUCACGGGAGUCAAGCCCGCCCGCAUCCCAGGAUACUGGCUGGAUAAACCUGGCCUGAAUAUCCCCGUUGGCCAGCCCAUCCAACCAGGGGAGAAGAUCCUGUAUCGCAUCCACGGCGGCGGAUAUGUCGCGUCAUCCGCCCGGCCAAAUAGCCCAGUCGCCUCGGACAUCACGAAGGAGCUCCUCCGCACGUGUCCCCAGUUCUGUCGAGCAUUCAGCAUCGAGUACAGGCUCUCGCAGCUGGAGCCCGGAAAGCCGCCUGUGAACCCAUUCCCGGCAGCGCUGCUCGAUAUUCUAGCCGGAUAUACAUACUUGACGGACACACUCGGUAUCCCAGCUGAGGACAUUUGCGUCUGUGGCGACUCUUCCGGUGGCAACGCUGCGCUUGCGCUCGUGCGGUACCUCGUCGAAGCCCGACUGCACCCGCAAGAAGGACAGGAAAGAGUUCCUGCUAUGCCUGGCUCGCUCAUCCUGAUGUCUCCGUUGGCCGACCUCGGCACAUCUCACGAGACGCCUGGGUCAUCUAUUUAUACCAACAGCUCGUCGGAUAUUGUCCCGCUCGAGAUUGCACUGGCGUCCACAUACCGGCAACAGGCAUUUCUAGGCUCUCUAGAUCCCGAAGAAGCACUAGUAAACCCCUAUCUCUCGCCGGCGUCAAAGCACAGCACAGUCAGCUUCAAAGGUUUCCCGAGCACGUUCAUUAGCGCGGGUGGCGCAGAAGUUCUCCUCGAUCAGAUGCGGACGCUGAAGGAACGAAUGGAAGCCGACCUAGGAGAUGGGUUAGUAUACGACGAGAGACCUGAUGCGGUGCAUAUAUUUAUGGGGUUGGCGUUUUGUGAGCCGGAGAAGAGCCAGGCAUUGAAAAGAUUGGCGGACUGGAUUGCGGGGUAG